AUGAAUACAUUAAAUGUUAUGCCUUUCUGGAACAUGUUUUUAAUACAUGUAUUAUUAUUUAUCAUUAUUACUCUAGAAAAUGUACAAGGGCAAAUUUUUUUAAGAGAUCCUUUAAUCAAAACACAGAUUUAUGAUAAUGAAAAAAUUGAUGAAAAUAUUCAUAUUAGAAAAAGAAAAAAAAGAUAUAUUAAUGAUGAUAAAAAAAUACUUAUGGGAUUAACAAAAAGUGAAGAAGAUAAUGUUAAAUUUUAUUUAGAAAAAAUAAAUAAUUUAAUGUUAAAUGAACAUACGGAUUCUUUAGUAAAUGAAAAAAAUAGUGAUAAUAUAAAUAAAAAUAAAUUUAGUGAAAGAUUUAAAGAUUCAGUAUUAAUUAAAGUUGAAGAGAAUAAAAGUUAUUUUGAAGGUGAUAUUGUUUUAUUUCCUGACCAAGCUGAAACAUUAUAUAAAUCAGCAUUAAAAAAGGCUCGGCGUGUUAAAAGAAAAUUUAUAGGAACAAAAAGUAGAAGAUGGGAUCCAAAAAAACCUAUAUAUUUUAGUUUUGAUGGAUCACAUAGUGUUCAGGAACAAAGAAUUAUUGAAUUAGCAUUAGAACAUUGGCAUAAUAUAACAUGUCUUAAUUUUAUUAGACGAGAUGAUGAACCAAAAGGUAAUCGUCUUGUAUUUACAGAUGUUGAUGGAUGUGCUUCAAAUGUUGGAAGGCAUCCAUUAGGUGAACCUCAAUAUGUAUCAUUGGCACCAGAAUGUAUUCGUUUAGGUGUUAUUGCACAUGAAGUAGCACAUGCUCUUGGUUUUUGGCAUGAACAAUCAAGACCUGAUAGAGAUUAUUAUGUAAAUGUUAGAUGGGAAAAUAUUGAUAGAGAAUCAAAAGGACAAUUUUUAAAAGAACAACCUUCAGAUGUUGAUACAGCAAAUGUUCCAUAUGACUAUGGUAGUAUAAUGCAUUAUAGAAGUAAAGCUUUUGCUAGAUAUGAUGAUCUUUUUACAAUAAAUACAUAUAUAACUGAUUAUCAAAGAACAAUUGGUCAAAGAGAUCAAUUAAGUUUUAAUGAUAUAAGAUUAAUGAAUAGGAUAUAUUGUACAAAUACAUGCCCUAGAAUAUUACCAUGUCAACGUGGUGGUUAUACAGAUCCAAGGCAUUGUGAACGUUGUCGUUGUCCUGAUGGUUUUACAGGAACAUAUUGUGAUGUUAUAAUGCCUGGAUUUGGUGUUGAAUGUGGUGGUAAAUUAUCAGCAUCAUUAACAUGGUCAAAAAUAUCUUCACCAAAUUAUCCUGGUGAAUUUAAAGAGGGAAUGGAAUGUUCCUGGUUGCUAACAGCACCAAAAGGUCAACAUAUUCAAUUUCAAUUUAUAGGUCAAUUUGAAAUGUAUUGUAAAAUUCGUCAUUCAUUAUGUAUGGAUUAUGUUGAAGUAAGAAAUUCAACAGAUUUUGCAAAUACUGGUAUGAGAUAUUGUUGUUCUGGUACUCCAAAAAAUUCAAUUAUUUCAGCAACAGAAGAUAUGGUAGUUUUAUUUAGAUCAUUUUAUAGAGGUGGUAAAGGAUUUCAAGCACAAUUUAGAGCUAUUCCUCAACCAGGAAUAUGGGGAUCAUGGGAAAGUUGGAGUGCUUGUACAGCAAGUUGUGGUUCAUGUGGUACUCGAAGAAGAGUAAGAAAAUGUUUUCAUUCAAAUUUAUGUCCUGGUAAUGAUUCAGAAACAGAAGUUUGUAACUCUCAACCAUGUAAAGGAAUUUGUCCUAGAAGAAGAAUUGAAGAUACUCAAUGUGGUGGACUUCUAGCAUUACUUAAAGGUGUUGAAUGUAAAACAGAUAAAAUAGUUAAUGAAAGAUGUGAUGAAGUAUGUUGUGCGGGAUUUUCCUUGGUUAAUGGAAAUUGCAUCCGUUAA